AGGCGCCCUUCUCCCUUCUCUGCACCUGCUUCUGGGGCCGGGCGGAGGCGCAGCUUUUCCCCAACCUCCCCUCCGUCGUUUUCUCCCGGAGGAGGGCCGAGAUGCAAGCUCGGCUGGCUCCUCCCGGCUUCCAGCUUUGGAAAGAUGCCGGCCCCGCGGCGGGUUAACCGGUUGCACCCGCCACCGUUUUGCACCAGCCGGAAUUGAACCCGCGAUGUUCCCGGCCGUCGGCCUCCCUACCAGCCCUCCGGCUGAUGCUGCUGAUGCUCCCGAUGCACCCGAUCCUCCUCCUCCUCUUCCUCCUCCGGCAUCCGAUGCCCCGUCGGGCGAACCGGACCUGUCCGGUUGCAGCAAGGAAGAGCUGGUGCGCCGCUUGCGCCGGGAAGAAAGCGAGAAGCUGGCGGCUCUGGUGCAACGGGGGCGGCUGAUCCAAGGCGUGAACCGGCAGCUCCAGGAGCACCUGCGCGAGAUCCGCGAGCUGAAAGCCGUCAACGGGCGGCUGCAAGCCGAGAACCGCGAGCUGCGCGACCUCUGCUGCUUCUUGGACGAAGAUCGGCUGAAAGCCAAGCGGCUUGCGCGCCACUGGCAGCUCUUCGGGCACCACGCGGCGCAGGUGUUGCGCGACGAGGUGGCCGGUUGCCUGCGCAAGUUAGCCGGCUUGGAAGGCUUGCAGGAAAGGCUGGCGCAGGACAACCUGGAGCUGAAAGAGCUCUGCUUGGCCCUGGAGGAUUGCGCCGCCGCGGCUGCCGCCACCGCUGCCCGCCCGGAUGCCAGCCCGAGCCCCGGAGGUGGGUCGUCGGAACUCAGCUUGCCUUGCGGACCUCGCGAUCUGGGGGACGGCAGCUCCAGCACGGGCAGCGUGGGCAGCCCGGAUCAGCCUCACCCGGCUUGCUCUCCCGAUGAAUGAAAGCUGCUGCUGCUUCACCGGACGGAUGGCAGCCUGGAGCGUGGGAAGAAGGACCCCUCCCAGGGAUGGAUGGAUGGAUGGAAAGGAAGGAAGGAAGGCAAGAAGGAAGGAAGGAGGGAGAGCCACCAUCCGCUCCUUCCCCCCCACCACCUUCCUUCCCAGAUAUAAGAUUAACAGGAAGGGACCUCGUGGGGUCAUCUAGUCGAACCCGCCUCCCUUGCCCAAGUGUCUGCCUCUACUUAGGAUGGAACGCCACAACCUCCUGAUUGCCAGGCAGGAGCGCCAACUCUAGGCCACCCAUAUAUGGGUAAGGACCACGAUGCCAAGUUUCGGCUGCUGGCCGAACGGAGCCAGCUUUCGGGACCGCACAGGACUCCUCGGCGAGGGGAUUUUUCUUUUUUUCUUUUUUUUAAUGGAGAAGGCGUCGUCGUAAUCAUAAUAAUCAUAAUAAUCAUAAUAAGGCCGUUUGGGGGGCCCAAGCUGGUUUACUUCCUCCACCGUUUCUGGGGUUUUUUUUCCACACCCACCCACCCCAAAGGGGGGAUCAUUCGAACCCGCCACGCACGCUCGGAUUAUUGGGUAGGCCAAGCACCGGGAAAGGCUCCUUUGAAAGGCGGCUGGAUGGGGAAAAAAAAAAGCAGGAUCCUUGCAUCAGGUCGGAGAAGAAAACCUGACGUCGUUCGCUAAUCUAGUGAGGAAUUUUUGUGGCUUAAAUCCCCCUUGAAUGAGAGUAGUGAGGGUUUUUUUGGGGGGGGGUCUCACAGGAGUCUUUGUGAAAGGCGCCUCUUGGCUUAACUUGGCCUACCGGGUGGAUGGAAACACAGCCGUUUGGGAUCGUGAUAUUUUUUUUGCUCUUCUUUUACGACUUCUUCCAUCCAGAUUGGAAAUUCUCUGCAUUUUUCCUCCGGAUGGUCUACCCCGCAGGGCAGUUGUUGGGAGAAAGGCGAAAUUAAGGAGGAGAAAUCUGCCUGCGCUCUGGUUUUCCCUGCAGGAGCUAGAAAUCCCAUGGACAAAUUUGCAAAUUUGGAUGGGGCGAACUUUGCAAGGAAAGGAAUCACCAUUUUGUCGUUUUAUUCUCGCCGUCCGGAACUGGCGCAUUCACAAAUGUAGUUAUAGCCUGAAUUUGGACAGGAUUUUUUGGGGUGGAACGGGUAGAAAGGGGUUUCCGAUUCCUUGGGAUAUUCUCCCCACUGUUUUUGACUCCCCGUUUUAAUUCCUGCAAGAAUGGAUCCCCGGGGGAGAAUCACGCAAAGAGAUCCACGGAGGACUUCAGAAAGGACUUUUAAAGGCGACUGCAUAAAAACCUUCGUUCGGAAUAUUUUUGGGGGAUUACGAUGGGUUACAUACUAUAUAAAACAACCUGACAGGUUAAGCUACGGAAAAGUUAAACCCUUGGGUGCAAAAUAUGAUAAAAAGAACUGCAGCCGUCUUGAAUGACAAGCAACUGCAUGGCAGGAUUUGAACACAGCUGGAGGGCAGGAGGUGCAAAAUUUAGGGUGCAUGGUUCUGCGUGGAAGGAUAGGCUUCACUUAUCCAUCCACUGGGUUCCCGUACAAAAAUUUGCCAAAACUAUUUCAAAAUUUAUUCCCUGGCGUAAAGCUUUGAGCCAGUUUCUUCGUAACAAUGCCAAGGUUUGAACUUCAAACGGGGGUGGGGAAAAUGGGGAAUUUAUGGGUGCCUUUUUGGAGUCAAAGAUACACCCCCAGUUUUAAGAAUUUGGGCGCGCAAUGUUGGCUUUUUGCUCUUAAACCGAGUUUUUGCAGGCCGCGAAAUGGAUCGCUGCACUUUUCGAAGUUCUGCUAGUGUUUUAAAUCUUGUUCCCCUUCUACCCAGAGAAACUUAAGGGAGGGGGGGGGCUUUGAAUUUCGAUAGAAUAUAUAUAUAUAUAUGCAGGGGAGGGUCCCCAUUUUUUUUUCUUCUCUUUCUGAUGAGCAAUAUUUCAAAAUAAAAAAAAAAAUAUCCAGCUUUGGAUUCCCCAAAGGUGGAGCUUUAAAGGAAGGUGGUCGGAGGAACUCCUUGCCACUUGGUUGUGUCGGGUGUGCCAAAAUGGAACUUUUUUUAGUGCAGAUUUUGGGUGGGGUUUAUUAUUCUGGAUGCAGAUGCUGGGUGAGAGGAUGAAGGGAAGGGCUGGAGGAUUGUGCUUGGGGGUGAAAAACAGGGAAAGUGCCAGCGACAGGUAUUCCUCGACUUACAACUACAUUUGAGCCCGGCAUUUCUGUUGCUAAAUGAGAGACGUGUUAAGGGUGUUUUAAUCCCAUUUUACGACCUUUUGUUGCCACGCUUGUUAAAUGAAUCUCUGCGGUGAUUAAGUCAGUCCCACGGUCGUUAAAAGCGAAUCUGGCUUCCCUCGUGACUUUGCAGGGUCACGAGACCCUGACCCCCGUCAUAAAUAUGAGUCGAAUUGCCAAGCGUCGGAGUUUUGACCCCGUGACCACGGGGGAAUGCAGCAAUGGUCAUAAGUGUGAAAACAACGGUUGUCAGUCACUUUUUUCAGUGCCAUUGUAACUUCGAACGGUCACUAAACACAACCGUUGCAAGUCGAGGACUACCUGUAAUUGGAGAGCGCUUGUGUCUUUGAAAGAGGCCUGGCUUUUUUCUUCUUUUUUAAACCGAAAUUAAAUCAUAGGACUGGUUGCCAGCCAAAGAACGGCCCUUUCCCAAAAAUCCUGAUUACUCUCUUGUUGUAACGCCAAUUAUUUUUUCCCCCCAAGCCCUGAACGAAGCUGGGUGGCAAGAAUUUUUUUGUGUUUUUUUUUUUUUUUUUAAAGAGGAAAUAACAUCUGGUUAAAUUGAUAACGCCUGGAAUCCCGAGCAGGACAAAGGGGAAAAGGGGCCUCUUAAUCUUUUGGGAAAAAAAACAAAGGUUUUGGGGGUUCUUUCCUCUUGAAAGCAAGAAUGUUAAUAAAUCUGUUAAAAACGACAA